AUGAUGGACCCCACUCAAGAGGACAUCUAUGCACCCUUGCCAUCUUUACCCCCGUGGCCUAUGCUUCUGUCUGCUACCAGCUUGCCAUCAUCUCAGCCAUCCUCAUUCCCUCAGUAUGCAGCCUUGUCUUUCUCAAGCUACCCCUCCUCCUCCCUCUUCAACAUAUCAAACCAUGUUCUUGGCCUGCACCUUGAAGACUCACCUGCUUGUGUUCCUCCACAGGCUGUGCAGGCUGCCCCUUCCACCAAACACAAGACACAACCAUCCAGCAAAGAUCCACCAAGCCAGAAACACAUCAGCAAAGGCCAGCCUCAGGGGUCAAGGGGCUACACCAACAUUGAGCUCUCCAGGUUGAUUGAUCUGCUUGCACAUGCUCCCAAGCCCAUGGGCAAGGGCAAAAUGAUCAAGAUGGGGAACUUACAAGAUGAAGAUGGGGGGGAUGACUCAGAUGUACUCAACUGGCCCACCUCAGACCAUGAGGAACAUUUGAAGGCUGUGCAGCCUAUGUAUUUGACUCCAGUGACAAACACUCUGAGUCCUGCAAGCAAGGUGCAGGCUGAGCAUGCCAUAUUCCAGAGCGAGAUCACUGCACUCCAGGCUCAGCUCCAUGACAAGCAGCAGGAGCUUGUUGAUGUUUCCUGUGACAAAGACAAGAUAAUCGAAGGUCUUCAUGUGCGGCUCCUGGAGGAUGUGCAUGCCCACCUUGGUGUCCAGCAAGAACUUGACAUGAUGAAGGCACAGCUGGAGUACCAGGAGCAGAUGAGGACAAUGAUGAUGGGUAUGGGGAACAUGGGCACUUGGAUUGUGCAGUCUAUGAAUGCCCCUCCCCAUGCUGAGGCCUUGCAGCCUUAA